AGUCAGUUUUCUGGGUCGGCACAUCAUCGGGCAGGGUUUUUCUUAUGCCUUUGGCCCGAGCGCACCCUAAGCGGCUUUACGAAAUUUGGCAAGUCCGACCCCUCCACUGUUGAAUGUGGGAGGAAGCCCCAGAACUUCGAGUUCACGCCACCAAACGGCUUCUUGGAUGGUCUGAACUCGAUUGAGGGUUUCCGUCCCGUCGCCAACGCUCCGCUUCAACAUAGCCGGGCGCUUGACGCUGCCGCAUGUGCGGACCGCUGA